UCCUGUUUGUUAAAGGCAUGCUGGCUACCGCAUUCAAGAGAGCCUUUCCGUAACAAAGGAAAGAGAUAAAUGUAAAUAAGCUCACAUUUUCAGAAUGAGCGGUUUGUUAUAAGAGCUUCAGCAGCCCAGACAGAGUUUGUUACUUUGGGCUGGGCUAACCUUUCCCUGUAAAAAAUAGUGGAUUAAAAUAUGCACUUCUCAAGUGCAAGUUGCCCAUUUACAUCUUUCUUAGCUAAUUGUCUACAGCCAUGAGCACAUUCUUUCAUCUUGCACACUCUUUCUUGGGGAGGAAAAUAUUUCUUACCAGUCUCUAGUCUCAAAGUGGUGAACCCUGCAGCCAGCAGGCCUUCUGAAAAACAAAAACAAAAACAAAAGCAAAUCCAUGGGUGACAGAAGAUUCAUUGACUUUCAAUUUCAAGAUUUAAAUUCAAGCUUCAGACUCAGGUUAGGCAAUGCUACUGCCAAUAAUACUUGCAUUGUUGAUGAUUCCUUCAAGUAUAAUCUGAACGGCGCUGUCUACAGUGUUGUAUUCAUCCUGGGUCUGAUAACCAACAGUGCCUCUCUGUUUGUCUUCUGCUUCCGCAUGAAAAUGAGAAAUGAGACUGCUAUUUUCAUCACCAAUCUGGCCCUUUCUGAUUUGCUCUUUGUCUGCACUCUACCUUUCAAAAUUUUUUACAAUUUCAACCGUCAUUGGCCUUUUGGUGACACCCUUUGCAAGAUCUCUGGGACUGCAUUCCUCACCAACAUCUAUGGGAGCAUGCUAUUUCUCACCUGUAUUAGUGUGGAUCGUUUCCUGGCCAUUGUCUAUCCCUUCCGAUCUCGUACCAUUAGGACAAGGAGGAAUUCUGCCAUUGUGUGUGCUGGAGUCUGGAUCCUAGUCCUCAGUGGUGGUAUUUCAGCCUCUUUGUUCUCCACCACUAAUGUCAACAAUGCAACCACCACCUGCUUUGAGGGCUUCUCCAACCGUGUCUGGAAGACUUAUCUGUCCAAGAUCACCAUAUUUAUUGAAGUUGUUGGUUUCAUCAUUCCUCUGAUAUUGAAUGUCUCUUGCUCUUCCGUGGUGCUAAGAACCCUCCGCAAGCCUGCUACACUGUCUCAAAUUGGGACCAAUAAGAAAAAAGUGCUGAAGAUGAUCACAGUGCAUAUGGCAGUCUUUGUGGUAUGCUUUGUACCCUAUAACUCUGUCCUCUUCCUGUAUGCCCUGGUGCGAUCCCAAGCCAUUACCAAUUGUUUGUUGGAAAGAUUUGCAAAGAUUAUGUACCCAAUCACCUUGUGCCUUGCAACUUUGAACUGUUGCUUUGAUCCUUUCAUCUAUUACUUCACCCUUGAGUCUUUUCAGAAGUCCUUCUACAUCAAUACCCAUAUCAAGAUGGAGUCCCUGUUUAAGACUGAAGCACCUCUGACCACAAAGCCUUCCCGUCCAGCUAUUCAAGAAGAGGUUAGUGAUCAAACAACACAUAAUGGUGGUGAAUUGAUGUUAGAAUCCACCUUUUAAGUAAUGAGAACUGUCUUUAGGUGUAGAUAUGGUUUUUCCUCUGCUAUGAACAAGACAGUUUGGAGCUAAUGAUACUGAAAAUAGAUUAAUGUACUGAAUACAGUCAGAUACAUUUAUUUGAAUGUUUAUUGUGCAUAUGCUGUUUUGUUCAAUAAUUAUAGGUCAGGUCUAAUUACAACAACCAAAAGAGAUUGACAAACUUAUGCUGGGUUGUAAUUUCAUUGCACCACAUUAUAUAAGUAGCCAGCCAGUGACCUUGACUUUAGUGAUAUGGAGAUGAUUUUAAAAAUUUUAAUAAAGGUAUUUCUACUCUGACAAUAUUUGAUAAUUAGGUUGGGCCUAUAAAUAUGGAACAAAUUCAGGGAUUAUUUAAAAAAAGUCUUUGUGUUACUACUGAUACAUGUUAGUUUUUUUUUUCCUUUUUUGUAUUGUCAUAGAGUACA